CCGAAAAGAGGUGCCACACGAGUUACGCCCACAGCAGUCUUCCUGUGGCAGCACUCGCGUGCGCACCUUUAUUUACACCGUCGCAUUACGAUAUCAAUUGCCAUAUUAUAAACGUAGCUUUGUUCAAUUAUGAAUCUCAUUGCUGUUAUUAUUCUUACCGUUUCCAUUAUUCAAAUCGUAAACGGAAGUCUUCCAAUACCAACGUUUGAAGCGAAUCCAGAUACGAAAAGAUUGUACGAUGACCUUCUUUCGAAUUAUAAUAGGCUCAUUCGGCCAGUUAUCAACAAUACAGAAACUCUCACUGUGUGGUUGAACUUGAAGCUUUCACAAUUGAUUGAAAUGAACCUGAAAAAUCAAGUGAUGACAACAAACGUGUGGGUCGAACAAAAAUGGUUCGACUACAAACUUCGAUGGAACCCUGAAGAAUAUGGAGGCACCGAGAUGCUGUACGUGCCAUCUGAAAACAUUUGGCUUCCGGACAUAGUUCUAUAUAAUAAUGCCGAUGGAAACUACGAGGUGACACUUAUGACGAAAGCGACUUUAAAGUAUACGGGUGAAGUAUUUUGGAAACCACCUGCAAUUUAUAAGUCAUCCUGUGAAAUAAACGUGGAAUAUUUUCCAUUUGAUGAACAAUCGUGUCUAAUGAAAUUCGGAUCAUGGACCUACAAUGGAGCUCAGGUCGAUUUAAAACACAUGCUGCAAGAACCAGGCAGCAAUUUGGUUGCUACGGGAAUCGAUUUGAGCGAAUUUUACCUAUCCGUGGAAUGGGACAUCUUGGAAGUACCAGCAUCUCGCAACGAGGAAUAUUAUCCUUGUUGUGUCGAACCCUAUUCCGAUAUUACCUUCAACAUCACUAUGAGACGAAAAACUUUGUUUUACACGGUCAACCUUAUAAUACCAUGUGUUGGAAUCACAUUUCUGACUGUCCUUGUAUUCUACUUGCCUAGUGAUUCUGGAGAAAAGGUUUCAUUGUGCUCGUCCAUUCUUCUGUCGUUGACAGUAUUCUUUUUGUUGCUUGCUGAAAUCAUUCCACCGACGUCGCUAGCAAUCCCACUGCUCGGAAAAUAUUUACUAUUUACAAUGAUACUUGUAACACUAUCGAUCUGGAUCACGGUGUGCGUUCUCAAUGUUCACUUCCGCUCGCCGUCGACGCAUAAUAUGUCUCCUUGGGUGCGGCAAGUAUUCUUGAUCUGGAUGCCACGUUUUCUCAUGAUGAGACGUACGCCGUAUUCAACGCCGGAGUACGAUGAUAAUUAUCUAGACGGUGGAUAUACAAAUGAAAUCGAUUUGAGCUAUCGUGACAGUAUUAGCGAGUAUCCUGCAGAUAUGAAAGGGAGUACCGACGCUUUCGAAAGCGUUACGUCCGCGUAUAAACAUAUUCGAGAUGGUGACGCACGACAUGCGCCCCAAACAUCAGUUACAGAUAGUGAAAAUACAAUGCUUAGACACAUUUCACCGGAUGUCAUGUCUGCCCUUCAAGGAGUUCGGUUCAUCGCUCAGCAUAUAAAGGAUGCUGACAAAGAUAACGAGGUAAUAGAAGAUUGGAAAUUCGUUUCCAUGGUGCUCGACAGAUUUUUCCUUUGGCUCUUCACGUUUGCUUGUACCGGAGGAACGAUCGGGAUCAUUUUUCAAGCCCCGAGUUUAUACGAUACGCGGAUUCCGAUAAAUCAGAACAGGUCGCCAGGAAUUCCGCUGCGGGGGGGGAAUCGCGAUUUGCAGGGUACAAGUUUUGAAGAGCUUGCGAAUAUUCUUCGGGGCUAAUUGCCUCUUUUUUUAUCCGAAUCUUAGUUCAAACCAUUUGCCGAUAACCAUAAGACUCUACUUCGGUGAAUUAGUUCAUAAUUAUUUGUCAUCGAAUAUUCGGUCCUGAGGAUCUUCAAAAAUGCUCGUUAUACAGCUCGAUGAUAUUCAGCAUUAUGCCUCGUAUUAAAUUAUACGAAAUAUAUGUUUCAAGCAGUUUAAGGACACAUGUGAUAACGCGCAACAAAGCAUUUGGGUUUGAGCUCAAUAAUUUAAAGCGCGAUGCCACUGUGACAAAUCAAAAAAUUCGUUUUUUCCCUUUACUUUUUCAUGGUAGAAAAAGAUCUGGUCGUCGACUUUGUUUCAGAAACUUGUGAUCUGAUGAAUUUUUUAAUUGUCAAAUGCUCAAUCAUUAUUUUAUUUACUAUUCCUGGGAUUGCUUGAGUAAUGCAAGCUCCUGAUGUUGGUGAUAUUUCGUAUUUUUCCAUUGAAACCGAUAAGAUAUUUUGAUGACCGUCGCUGGGUGAAAAAUAUCUAAAGUAUGGCAUUUUUUGGUUGGUUACAGUGGUUACGCAUGAAUAGAAUUAUUAUAUUUUAAAUGUUUAAUAGUGGCUUUUUGAGUCGUUAACGACAAGGAUAAAAACUCUUAUUUAUUCGUUUUUUAAGAACAAUUCAUGACAGGUUUCCUAACUCUAUUUACUCAUUAGCCUCAAUGAUAACGUACACGGUUCCUUAAAAAUUACAUGUAUUUUUUGCAGGUUCUCAAACGACCAGUUGAUUGUUUGAUUCUUGAGAAUUGUUCAUCCGUUAAUACUUCAUUUUUUCCUAUAAAUAAAACAUGUAUUUUAUAAA